UGAUGGUUAAUGAUCUGGCGAGUUUAAUAAUGGUGAAUGAUCGUUUAUCUUGAGACAUAUUCAAAUUCCUUUAUUAUGUCACUUCAUAGCUCUAAUUAUUAUUUUUGAUUAAACAGAAUUUUGCUUCUAGCGUUUUUACAAGUUAUGUCGAUAUUCCUUCUUAAUUGGCUCGAUAACGUUAUGGAAUAAGGGUUUAGUGUAUAAAUGUGGCAAGUCAUCCCUUGCUGUGUAAAAAAAUUGUUGGGCUAGUUUUCAGGCCUUUUGAGUGGGUUAUUUGAGUGGUCAUUGGGCUAGAAAUCGAAGGUAGACCUGGCAAUCCUGAAUAUUUGACGUCAUUACGUUAGUGAAGGAUUGCGCAUUGGUAAUCUACCGGUGAUGCAAGAAAUGUCGUCGAAUUGAAGUGAGACUGAUCGGGGGAUAAAAAAACUUCCUAGAUCGUUCUUUCCGCUAACAUGUCAGGAGACGAGAUGCUAUUCGACCCCAACAUGACCAAAAAGAAGAAGAAAAAAAAGAAGCCUUUCAUACUGGAAGAAGAAGGUGGAGACGGAGUGGCAGAGGACACACUGCAGGUGGAGGCCAAGGGGGUGGAACCGAACGGUGGGGAGGACAGAGAGUUCGACCUGGACGAGGACGAAGGAAGGAAGAAAGAGCAAUCCGACAAUCUUGAUGACCUGAACUUUUUCAACCAGAAGAAAAAGAAGAAGAAGUCCAAGAAAGUGUUUGAUAAUGACAUUGAGGAGGGGAUAAAGGAGCUGAAAAUUGAAGGAGAGCAGAGCGAGGCAGCGGAAGAGGUUGACCUGGAUCUUCAGUUGCCAGCAAAGAAAAAGAAGUCCAAGAAGGUCGACUUCCAUGAGGAAGGAGAGAUAAUUGAGAAGGACGAUGCUCUUGAGGACGAUGCUGGGAAAAACAAUAAAGGCAUCUCAUUCAGCUCCCAGUCUGGUCCGGCGUGGGUAGGGACAGACAGAGACUACACAUAUGACGAGCUGCUGAACCGUGUCUUCAACAUCAUGCGGGAGAAGAACCCUGACAUGGUGGCUGGAGAGAAGAGAAAGUUUGUUAUGAAGCCCCCUCAGGUGGUCCGAGUGGGCACUAAGAAGACCUCGUUUGUCAACUUCACUGAUAUCUGUAAACUGUUGCAUCGUCAGCCAAAACAUCUUCUGGCUUUUUUGUUGGCUGAGCUGGGGACAAGUGGCUCCAUAGAUGGAAAUAAUCAGCUUGUGAUCAAAGGAAGAUUUCAACAGAAACAGAUUGAAAAUGUCUUGAGAAGAUAUAUUAAGGAAUAUGUGACCUGUCACACAUGUCACUCCCCUGACACCAUCCUACAGAAGGACACCCGUCUCUACUUCCUCCAGUGUGAGACCUGCCACUCACGCUGCUCCGUGGCCAGCAUCAAGACUGGCUUCCAGGCUGUCACAGGCAAGCGGGCACAGCUCCGUGCCAAAGCUAACUAAGGCCACCCCAACCCUGGCUUCCCCCUCUCUGACCCCGCCCAAGGGCCGGAGCAUUGGAUGCCCUUGAUAACUGGACUUUUGUUUGGAGUCUGAGGGGGUUUGUUGUCGCUGCAUUAUGCCCAGGGUGUGAGAGAAAAAAGCUACAUGCUCUGAGGCUCGAAGGACUUGCAGGUCAUAAGGAGCUGUGCACAGGUGCAUUGGUUUCGCAGGCAAACCCCCAAUUUUCAGUUUUCUCAGCUGUGUCAGAUUCUUUCAGAGCUUCUCUAUUCCCUCCAAGUGAGCCUUUUCCCACAUUUCUUCAAUCGUAUGUAGCCCACAUAUUGGAUCAUAAAGACAAAGCUAUUAUGACAAAAUAAUUGAUAUUGACUUUCCUUUAGUUGAAGCAUAGUGGUGUGGAAACAAACAUUUUAAAGAUGCAUUCCAGGAGCUAGGUUUCAGUAUCAUGUAUGUACCCUUUUCGCACUGCCAAGCCAUACUGUACGGGCCUGGCUACGCAUCCACCAUAGCUGCAUGAACUGUGCUUGCUUCAAGCCAGUACAGUUUCGGCAGCUUGUUUACCCUCUACUGCUUUUACAGGCUUAUCUGAGAUCUGUAUAGUAUCAUAGCAGACUGUCAGUGGGUGGAAAUAGCUGGAUGUCCUCUAAUAAGAGUACAUUACUUUCAAACUGAGACUACAGAAUAUGUGGGAGAAAUGACAAUGACAUCUAUUUAUUGUGUGUGUGUGUGUGUGUGUGCGCUUUUAAGGCAAUGACAAGAUUUUAACUUUGACUUCCGUUCCUCUACACUUAGGAAACACAUCCUUCUGCGUUGUCACCUGGGAUAUGAGAGGUUGUUGAUUUCAAAUAGCAAACAAGAAACUUACAAGGUAUUCACAUGGUAUCAAAGAUACUCCGGAUUUGUUCAUAUAGCAUAUACAAAGUCUCUUUGUUGUUUAAAAGCUGAUUUUUACAAAAAUAACAUAUUUAACUUUCUCCCAUCACUGUGUUUAAGACAAUAUGUUGUCUGUUGCCUUAUUGAUUUUCUUGAAUUGAUAAAACCCAAAUAAAUGUUUAUCAUGCAAUUUA